UACUCUACUUGGUUUGCAUAUCUGUUCUGUGACAUUAAACUUGUAACUCCAAGCAUUUUCUGCCACUGUUUUGCGGAGGCCACAGUAGGACACAUUGGGGAGACGUUUUGACCAUGAAUAUGUUAACACCUUUAGUUUUUGCGCUUUUCAUAAUCUGCUGUUUUUUGCCUCUGUUGUCAGCAACAGUUGUUCAUGAUUUUAAUCAUGUGGAAAGAUGCAAGGAUUCCCUGUAUAUGGGGACACCACCGCGAGGGAUCAUUGACUCCAAACUGAAGAAGAUCUGCCAACGCUACGCUGACAAACCUCGCUUUGUCACCCUGUACGACCCCCAAAAGCGGAUCCCAGUUUACUCAGCUUAUACCUUCAAGAAAACAGAGGGAGACAGACGUGUGGAUUACCCUUGGAUGUAUGAGCCACAGCUGGCAGAAAUCGAUGGAAAUGGAAACAUGCUACCCUUCCCCACUGGUUACCUGCACAUGAAAUUUGAGGAUAGCCAGGCAGUCCUAGAUGAUUACUCUGAUGUGGUUCUCUAUGAAAGAGGUCACCUGAACCCAGACCAGCACCAGUCAACACCACACGACCGUGCCUCCACUUACACCCUGACCAACGUGGUCCCAGAGAUACGGGAAUUCAACAUCGGACCUUGGCGCGAAUAUGAGGAGCGGAUCCGGCUUCGCCUCAACAACUUUUGCCGUGGCACUGCCUUCAUCGUCACAGGGGUGACCACCAGAGGCAACAUGAUCCGUCGCAACAACCAGGACCGUGUCGCCAUCCCUGAGGAUGUGUGGUCUGCUUACUGCUGCACCGACUAUGACCGCAAUGCACCCCAUGAUGUUCGCAUCCGCUUCCCGUCACAUGCAGCCUUGGCUAAAAACGCCAAAGAGGGCAACAAUGUUAAUGAGAUGACAGUACAAGAGCUUGAGAUCUUUCUGAAAAAUCAUAUGGAUGUUGACCAGAAUCUUCAGAUCUUCUAUGACAACUGUAUCUCUCCCUCACCCCUUCCUCUUUACCUCCAACACACCAUCUGAGAGCUUUACCAGCUAUACUCCGUAGGGAGACAUUUGUGCUUUUUGCUAUGCAGUGAUGAAAAAAAAUCUGAUAUUGUCAAAAUUCUCUGUAGUUGUGAUGUAAGAUUUCCCUUGCUUUUGCACUUUUAAAAAAAAGCAGCAGGAUUGGUUGUGCUCUUAAAAAGUUGUAGAGAUUGAGUUGUUCUUUAUAGAUAAAUUUAAAUUUACAAAAUUACAACCUGAAAAAUAAUUUACAGCAGAGCUACUUUGUUGGAAGAGGCGAUAAAAUACUUGUGUGGGAACUUAAA